CCCCCCGGUGCAAGAUGGCGGCGGUGCCCGCGGUGCCCGCGCAGCCCUGGAGCGCGGAGGAGCUGCGGAGCGAGGCGCUGCCCAAGAAGGACAUCAUCCGCUUCCUGCAGCAGCACGCCGCCCAGCCCUUCCUGGCUGAGCACCGGCUGCUGGGGCAGGUGAAGAAUGUGGCCAAGACAGCGAGCAAGGAGCAGCUGAUCGCAGCCUACGGGCAGCUCUUCCACACACAGCAGUUUAAGGGCACGGACAGUGUGGAGAAAGCAGCAGAGAAGGUGAAACCUGCGAAGGUGGAAGAGGCAAAGGGAAAAGCAGCGAAGCCUGAGGAGGCCGUGGAGGAGGGGCCACCAAAGUACACAAAAUCAAUUCUAAAGAAGGGCGAUAAAACCAACUUUCCAAAGAAAGGAGACACUGUUCACUGCUGGUACACAGGAAAACUCCAGGACGGAACGGUCUUCGAUACCAAUGUUCAGACAAGUUCAAAGAAGAAAAAAGCAGCCAAACCUUUAAGUUUCAAAGUUGGCGUAGGAAAAGUAAUCAGAGGCGGAGAAGAGGCAGGCUGGGGGUGUUCACACCAGCAAGACAUAGUAUUUGUUCUUUACGGAUGCGUUUAUUCGGCCGCAUUCCUGUCAUGGAGUUGUGUGUGGAACACAGUGUAACAACAGUCUGUUCCUCAGGGCAAGUACAGCCUUUUCAUAGAAUCAUAGCAUGGUUUGGGUUGGAAGGGACCCCAAAGCCCACCCAGUGCCACCCCCUGCCAUGGGCAGGGACACCUCCCACUGGAUCAGGGGCUCCAAGCCCCAUCCAACCUGGCCUGGAACCCCUCCAGGGAUGGGGCAGCCCCCACUGCUCUGGGCAGCCGGUCCGAGCACCAUGCUGCUGCGUCCUUCUGCCUAGUGCCGUGUGCAGGAGUUCCAGGUUCCCCAGGCCCCGUCUCUCGCUGCACACAUUUGGUGUGCUUUGGUUGGUCUGAAGGCUGUUUUUUCUCGGCAUCUUUUGGUGUCUGCCUCGGUGCCACCUCACUUGUAGCUCCAUAGCUCGCUCCAUCCAUUAACAGCUGCUGGAGUACAAAUUGUUUGCUGCGGUGCCCCGGGGUGAGCUGCAGUUUGGUGCUGUAACUCCUCUGCCCUGCCCCGCGUCGAGGGCUGCGGUAGCGUGGGCAGAAGCUGUACGAGGGGAAUAUCCCGGUGGAAAAAGCACUUGGUGGGAGAAUGGAGCGUGCUGCUGGCUCACGCCUGAGGUGGUGGCAGCGGGUAAGCUGGAAGCGUCCGGGAGAGCCCGGCUCCCAGACCUGCAGACGAGGGCUCAGCAAUGUCUCACUGCUGCUGGGCCGAUGCAAGAAGGAUCUUACACUUACCUGACUUCAAAGACCAAACGAGACCCACCCAGCUGCUGCUGCUGCUGCUGCUGCUCAGGGAAAGGUUCUUUGGGGGUGACUGGGUUGGAACCGAGAAGGGGAAACCGUCCCUGGACUUGUGGCCGGUACUGCAGAAGCAGCAGCCACCUGGGUUUCUGCUCUGGUUUUCCAUUCCAUGAGCCGGUGGCUCCGAACUGUUGAGAGCCAACUCUGGGCAGUGCCUCUGAGACCAGAGGGCCGAGCGCUGCGGGGAAUUAGUCUCUCGGCAUCGGCCUUGAAUGAACACCGAUCCAUUGAUAGUGGGGAUGGCAGGGAAUGGCGAGGCUGAGGGAUAAACCUCUUGGAAACAUGAUCUGAAAUGUUGGAUCCCUGCACUGAAACAAGCACGUGGCAUCAUGGGUUCCCUAAUGUCCUUGCAGCGCAGGAGCACAACUGAACUGUGGGGCGCGGGGCAGGCUGCUGGGGAGCGGGAAACGUAGGCCACGGGGAGGCACCCACAGAUAAAGGGGUGUGAAAGCACCGCAGGCUGGGGAGGUGAUGGGCCAAGCACGGGUUUUUGCAGGGGCUGACAGGAAAAGCACUUUCUGUUAAACCCCAGGAGCCUGCCGUGUUCUUUCUGUGUUUGUUUGGGGUUUUAUUUUUGAUUUGGGU